AUGUACAGAAUGUGGUUUAAAUGGAUUGUAGCCUUUUUUGGAAUGUGUUGCGUAUCAAAGACAUCAUGUUAUGUCAACCUUGCCAACAAAACAGUUUAUAAAGGCACACCUUCACAGAGUUCAAGCUACGGCAUGUCAAUGUUCUCAGCAGAUAAAGCAGUGGAUGGGCAGAUUCAAAAAGGGACAGACGGUAGUUCUUGCAGUUUUACAAUAGGACAAACAGAAUACCAAACAGCAUGGUGGAAGCUACCUUUGAAACUGAUGUCAAACAUUGCAUACUUGCAGAUACAGUUCCGGAACACGUUGGAAGACAGACUUUAUGGAUUUUCCGUGUAUGUUUUUAACGAUUCCUCUUUCGAACCACCGUCACCUCUUGGUUAUAAAGUAUUUACUUAUGGUGGGCAUUCAUGUCCGUCAGUUAUGAUGAACGUUACUGUCAAUAGAGUAACCAAGGGAAUAGCUCUCUUCAAUUCUAAUGAUGAAAACCAUCAACUUUGCAAAAAAUACGAAAAGAGUUUUGCAACUAUAGAAUUAUGUGAAGUCUUUGUCAUGGCUUGUAUUGACGGUUAUUAUGGGUAUCCCUGUGAACAAUGUGGUCAUUGCUUACACCAAGAAAAUGCAUUGAUGGAUUUUAUGACACAAAAUGCAGCAGUCAAUGCGGUCACUGUCUUCAUGGAAAAUGUAUCAAAGAAAACGGAACAUGUCUAG